UCUUGAUUCAACAUUGAUUUCAUUGAAAUCGACCUGCCAGAUAAGUCACGCUUGAGAAACAUCAUGUCUUGUGCCGGUAGAAUUUUAAUUUACGGUGGUAAAGGUGCUUUAGGCUCAACUUGCGUUAGCACAUUCAAGGCUCAAAACUAUUGGGUUGGUUCCAUUGAUUUGAUGCCAAAUGAACAAGCUGAUGCCAAUGUUGUUGUAAAACCAAGUGAAUCAUGGUUAAGCCAGGAGGAGGAAGUCCUUAAAGGGGUAGAAAGCAUAAUUGGAGGCGAGAAACUAGACGCAGUUCUGUGUGUGGCUGGGGGGUGGGCAGGAGGAAAUGCAGCCUCCAAAGAUUUUAUUAAGAAUGCUGACAUGAUGUGGAAACAGAGUGUGUGGACCAGUUCAAUUGCUGCAGCAUUGGCAGCUAAACACCUCAAAGAAGGAGGGCUGAUCACACUUCCAGGGGCAGCUCCCUGUGUCAAAGGCACCUCAGGCAUGAUGGGAUAUGGGAUGGCUAAAGCUGCAGUCCACCAGUUAGUGAAAAGUCUGGCCUCCAAAGGCAGUGGCCUACCCGCUGAUUCCGCAGCACUUGCCAUAUUGCCGGUCACACUCGAUACCCCCAUGAAUAGGAAGUUCAUGUCUGAGGCUGACUUUUCUACUUGGACUCCAUUAGCAUUUGUAGCAGAGUUGUUUAUUAAAUGGACCUCUGACAGCUCCUCCCGUCCUGAGAAUGGCAGUCUAGUCAAACUGGUCACCAAAGAGGGUAACACAGAACUCCAGCAGGUGUAACAACACAGUGCCUUACUCCGGGGACAGGUGUGCCUUACCCUGACAACAGGCUGUACUUGGUAGAGGGCUAAGGGCUGGAACUAUAUUCAAUCCAUAGUGCUGCAUAACCAUUUGUUGUUCAUGUGACAGUAUUUGUAAGUCCAUUGUCUCAGUGUAUGCAUUUUAAUACACAUUAGGUUUUACUUUAAUAUGUUGUUAAGCUAUAUCAGAGAUUUGUAAAAAUACUCUGAAAAUAUAUUUGGAAUACUUUUUUGUUCAUCAUGUUGAUGUUCCUUCCAAAACAAAAAGAAAUAGUCAAUGAUUUUGUACAGUAUUAACUUUUUUCUAUUGUGGAUUUUUAAAACAUUUUGAUAUUCACUCAUAGAAUUCAUUCAUUGGCAGCAUUUGAAGCACACAUGAACAAAUGUUUUAAGGGUUUUUUUUCAUCGCAAGUUGAUCCUUUGUGGGAUUUGAUGUGUACGUGGUGAUAUUUAAUUUUAAAAGUUUUUUUUUCAUGCAGGAAAAAACCAAUGUAAAAAUAAUUUUUUGUUUGAAAUUUACCAGUAACGUGAGGAACUUUUUUAAUAACCUAUAAUUCUUUUGCAGUAUAGACUUUGAAAUGAAUGGUCGGAAUAUUACUUUUUAAAAUAGUGUUUUCCAUCACUUUAGGUACUUAGAUUUAUUAAAAUUAAAUUUAAUAUAUAUAAAACAGAAGAUAGCGGUAUAAUAUUUUGAAAACUUAUUGUUAAUUUUGGAUUUAAAUGCAGCUUACUUGGAACCACUUACUUGGUUAUAAUAUUUUACAUGUGUGCCAAGUUUUUUUUUUUUUUUUUUUUUAAUACAUGUAUAUUUUUCAGAGCAUAAUUCAAACUGCUGACAUUCCAUUUUUGUGAUUGUAUAAUCAUGUACUCUGUGUAUGUCUGUAUUAAUAUGGUGAAAAUUAUGAGUAAAUUUUCCAUAUCAUCUUAAA